AGGACGUACACGACGCGACGGCGCAGCUCGGUGCGGCGCAGCUCCGGCUCCCCUUCCCCCCUCGCUGGGCGAGAGGUGUCUAUGGGGCAUCCGCCGCCGCCGCCGCCGCUCCCGCCACCGCCGCCGCCGCUGGGUGCUGUCUCUAUGGCGAGGAGGAGGAGGAGAAGCGCGAGCUCAGUGACACAAGUACACAAAUAAAGGAUAAAGUAUUUUAUGAAACAGAUCUUCAAUCAAGUAUAAAUUUUGAUGCUUGGCAGCUAGACUCCUUGUGCCCUCACUAUGCCAGCAGCAACAGUUGAUCAUAGCCAAAGAAUUUGUGAAGUUUGGGCUUGCAACCUGGAUGAAGAGUUGAAGAAAAUUCGUCAAGUUAUUAGAAAAUAUAAUUAUGUUGCUAUGGACACCGAGUUUCCAGGUGUGGUUGCAAGACCUAUUGGAGAAUUCAGGAGCAAUGCUGACUAUCAGUACCAACUAUUACGGUGUAAUGUAGACUUGUUAAAGAUAAUUCAGCUAGGACUGACAUUUAUGAAUGAGCAAGGAGAAUAUCCUCCAGGAACUUCAACUUGGCAGUUUAAUUUUAAAUUUAAUUUGACGGAGGACAUGUAUGCCCAAGACUCUAUAGAGCUACUAACAACAUCUGGUAUCCAGUUUAAAAAGCAUGAGGAGGAAGGAAUUGAGACCCAGUACUUUGCAGAACUUCUUAUGACAUCGGGAGUGGUCCUCUGUGAAGGGGUCAAAUGGUUAUCAUUUCAUAGUGGUUAUGACUUUGGCUACUUAAUCAAAAUCCUGACCAAUUCUAACUUGCCUGAAGAAGAACUUGACUUCUUUGAGAUCCUUCGAUUGUUUUUUCCUGUUAUUUAUGAUGUGAAGUACCUCAUGAAGAGCUGCAAAAAUCUCAAAGGUGGUUUGCAGGAAGUUGCGGAACAGUUAGAGCUGGAACGGAUAGGACCACAACAUCAGGCAGGGUCUGAUUCAUUGCUCACAGGAAUGGCCUUUUUCAAAAUGAGAGAAAUGUUCUUUGAAGAUCAUAUUGAUGAUGCCAAAUAUUGUGGUCAUUUGUAUGGCCUUGGUUCUGGUUCAUCCUAUGUACAGAAUGGCACAGGGAAUGCAUAUGAAGAGGAAGCCAACAAGCAGUCAUGACAUGAAAUGGUCCUUUUAUUUUUAUUUUAUUUGAACUACACACAUGCUUGUAUAUAGGUUUUAUCUCUGGUUGAAUCCCUUGAACGAUAGACUACUUUUUUUCUUUCAUCGCCCAUUUUAUUUUUGUCUUUUAGUACUUAAUAUGACCAUUCCUGUCUCAGAGCUUAAAUAGAAAAGCAUUCAGGUUAAAUUUGGCCUUAACUUAAUAUACCUGUUAGCAGGCGUGUGUGACAGAGAGUGGAAAAGCUGCAUCAUAUAAACUUGACCGAUUUGAGCUUGGUUUGUUUCCCCUUUCCUAAAUUAACUAGCACUGACUGUAAUUUAUUUCCGUGUUUCAUGUCUCCCUUCCAUUCUGCAGGAGUUUUAGCUAUUUGAGAUUGUGGACCAUCAAUUUUGCACUUUAGAGAGUGAUUCUGACUCAGAUCCUCUGUUUUAUCAGAAAAUACGGUUUUUCUUACUCUUAGCUGGAAAAAUGACCAUCUGCCAACUUUAUAAAGUAUUUACUUUUCACCCGUGGAAUAUCGCACAUGCAUUAUGCAAAUGGUUGAUUCAGCAAGACUACAAAAGAAAAGACAAAAACUACUGAGGAGCUUAGUAACUGCUGUUUCAGUACUAGUGUUUAAUCUUCCAAGCACAGCUAGUGUCUGUCAGUUUCUGACUGGCGUGUGUGUAGGCCGCUCUGACUGAAGAACCUUUCAAACCCGCUUUACACCCUCCAGGAACAAUCCCUUGUUUGUGAUUGGACAUUUAUUGUCUGCCAGGAAACUGGUCUCCAAGAUGUUGACGCUGCAAUUGUUUUAUGAUGGCACAGUUCCCUUGAUCUGCUUUUUAUUCCAUCACUGUUCACCUUAUUUUAAUUUUUUUAAUUUUAUAGCCAUACUUACGAGCUCUUGAUUUGUUGAUUCCAAAAAUCAAAUUCAUUCAAGUCCAAAGAUAAUAAAUCUUUAGGUAUAUUUUGUACCAGAUUAAAUUAGACAAAAAAUUAUGCUUUCAUAGUUGUUACAAAGAUAAAGAAUGGAGAGAUUUGGUGCACGACAAAAUACAAAAAUAUAUGUUAGCUAUGUGUGUAUGUGUGUAUAUAUACACAUAUAGCUAAUAUAUAGCUAAUAAAAUUACCUGAGGAGUGUAAUGUUUGUUUAUUUUUUUGUGUGUAUAUCUUUGCAAUCUAUUUUAUAUAUAUUGACAAAAGAGACUGUGAAAUAUUUAGCCAUGCAGAAUAUGUGACUAGACCAGAGCAUGUGUAGGAAGACAUUUUGGUAAUCAUUAACUCUACUCAGAAUGAUGGACUACAAGUAAUGAUGUGUGUUAUCUACACUUCAAUCAGUAAUAAUAGCAAAUCUCCAAAUGUUAGCCACAUUGGUUUGUUUUCCUUGUACAUUUAUUCAUGACUACAGUGCUGUAACUGGGUGGUCCUUUUUAAACAAAACAUUAUUUGCAAAACAGAGGGUAUUAUUUGUUUUUAAAGCUUUUGUAAAUAAAGGCUUCAGAAAUGUUUUCUUA